UACCAUCGCAGAUAUUCGAAGUGCCAGCUCUAGUCUCGCAUCCCUUUCGCUCUCGCCCGCUGCUCACAUGCGUUCUAGAUCGUUUAAUUUUCUUGGUUUUCAUUUGCUCGCCAAAUUUUAGCAACGUUGCUGGUUUAAUCGGCUGCACCUGCAAUCGCAAGUAAUCAGAGAGCGCCAAGCACCGAGUUCUCAUUGCCAAACGAAACGUCCCGAUUCGCUCGAUUUGGAACUGGAGCGGACCAUGAAAACAAGCAAUCUCGGCCUGUACGCUUUCCGUUUAACCUUCGGUCAGGCGCCGCCGCUGUCCGCACAGGCCACUACGCACUGCAGCCAUGGCUUCACCACCAGCUCGUCGUCGCCUAACCGUGUGGUGACCCGCUCAGCCACCAUGCUGGCGCUUUUCGGCAUUGCGCUGUCCUCGUUCAGCCUUAAGCAACUGCUGGCCAAGAAGCAGAAGCACCAGGGCCUGCGCAAGCUCUAGGAUGGAGCUAUAGUCAAAAAGGUCACAGCGGAGAUCAUAGCGAUGCCAACGCCAACGGCAGAAGCGGCGAUGAGGAGCCAGAGCGCCAUGUCCUGAGGUCACAUAUUCGAUUAUUUCAUUAUCCGCCAUCAUCGUGUAUAUUUUCCUAAGUUAAGUCACCACCUCACCAUAGAACCAAUCGGAACUCGGACAUGGAGGAUUGUUUUGUAAUAUUCUCGAUAAAUUUAGCGGAUGAGAGGAUAUGUGCGUAUAGUUAGAUAUAUUUUCUUGUUUACACAUGCACACCAUGCAUCGCCAACUGAAAGGAAUAAAUUUGUGAUAAAUCGUGUAUGAGAAAAACCCAUCAGCAGACAAACUGAACGAAGAAACGAUAGAGAAGAUUCGCUAAGCUUUCGGAAAUCCCAAAUUUUCCUAUACUCUUUUGUUGCUCGUUUUAGUUAUAUAUAUUUUAUGUGUAAACAAGUCUUAUAUACGUAUAUUUAUUUAAUUAUUUGCAAACCAGAGAAAC